AUGAGUUUAACAAUGCUUCUACCACCUUCGGCAACAUAUAAUAGUGCUGAUGAACUCUUACAAAGUGUCCAAAGUUUUGCCAAUUCUCAAGGCUGUGCAUUAGUAAAGAAAAGAACAAGAAAAAACCACUGUGGUAAAUUAAAAAAUAUGUUAUUGCAUUGUGAUUGGGGUGGUACUUAUAGUACAGAGGCACAGCAUCGGCAAACAAGCUCUAGACUAAUUGACUGCCCUUUUGAAUUAUAUGCUUCUCUCUGUGAUGGUCUUUGGUAUUUAGAAGUUCAUAAUUUAGAGCAUAACCAUGAGCGAUCAAUCAAUAUGUUAGGUCAUCCAAUUUCUCGUAGACUUACAGGACAACAAUUAGAAAGAGUUAUAGAAAUGACUGUUUCUGGUUCAGGUCCUCGAAAAAUUGUGUCUGCACUUAGGCAGAAUGAUAAAUUAGCAUUAGUAACUAGCAGAGACAUUUACAAUGCAUGUGGGCAACUUCAUCAACAAAAUCUGGCAGGUCAUACUUCGAUCCAAGCAUUAAUAGAUGAGCUUAGUGAAGGUGAUUUUAUAUAUAAAUGUAAAUAUGACAAUAAUGGCAGCAUUACUCACCUCUUCUUUGCUCAUAAUAAGUCCAUUGCUCUUACUCGAGAAUAUUCUUCUGUGCUUCUUAUGGAUUGCACAUAUAAAACAAAUAAAUUUAAAAUGCCUUUAUUGAACAUUGUUGGGAUAACUAGUUUUUAUACCACUUUUUACUCAUGUUUUAUUUUUAUAAAGGAUAAAGAGGAAAAAGAUUAUUGCUGGGCUCUUAAUAAUGUUGCUAGUUUGUUUAAUGGACUGCAAUUCUCAAAAGAAACUGACGAAAAUAGUGAGUGGAAUCUUUUUCUCUCAAAGUGGAAUGAAAUUGUCAAAUCAAAAACUGAAGAUGAAUUUAAUUUAAACUGGCAAAAUUUUCAGACCACUUAUAUUAACAAACCUCAAAUCAGCCAAAAAAAGCAAUUUGUUGAAGCCUGGACAAAUGCAUUUCUUCACCUAGGAACAACAGUAACUUUAAGAAUUGAAAUAAAUAAUCAAAAAAGAGAGAUUGAUGCUAUGACUGCAUCUGAAUGCAUUUGUUUUCUAGCUUUUGUACACAACAACCCAUUUUAUAUAAAUAUCAGGGGAAUGGUUUCAACUUUCACACUUAAAAAAGUGAGCGAACAAUACCAAAAAGCAAUCGCCACUACUACAAAGAAACCUUUAUCAUCAUGUACUAGGUCUUUUUUGAGUACAAUGGGUUUACCUUGUGCUCAUAUUAUACAAAAUUUUAUGAGUAAUCGAAACCUAACACUUGAUGACAUUCACAAGCAUUGUUGGAUUCAAAAUCGUAUGCCAUUACCCUCUGUUAAAAAUGAAGAUGCACUUGAGACCAUAUUACAAAAUUUACAAACAACACGAGAAUCAUUAAAUAAUAUGAUUAAUACACCAGUAAUUGUUUUGAAAAAUCCCCAGAUAAUUCAUACUAGAGGACAUCCUACUGGUUCUUCUAAUCAUUGA